GUCUAGCUGCCAGGGCAGAGGGGCUGAGAGGAGCCGGGCUGGCGCGGUGCAAGCAGGAGGGGCUGGGGUGCUGACGAGAGUCCGACGCCGGGUGCUCCGGGCUUUCUGCGAGGGCGUGUGAUGAGGAGCGGAGUCUGGCUUUGGAGUGCUCGGAACCAGAGGAAUUGCCGAGGACUCAGAGCCCAGCCCUGACCACUAGAGAGCCCACAACACAAUGAACAAAUUGAACUUCCAUAACAACAGAGUCAUGCAAGACCGCCGGAGUGUGUGUAUUUUCCUCCCCAAUGAUGAAUCUUUGAACAUCAUCAUAAAUGUUAAAAUUCUGUGUCACCAGUUGCUGGUUCAGGUGUGUGACCUACUCAGGCUAAAGGACUGUCACCUGUUUGGACUCAGUGUCAUACAAAAUAAUGAACAUGUCUAUAUGGAGUUGUCACAAAAGCUGUAUAAGUAUUGUCCAAAAGAAUGGAAGAAAGAGGCCAGCAAGGGUAUUGACCAAUUUGGACCUCCCAUGAUCAUUCACUUCCGCGUACAGUACUAUGUGGAAAAUGGCAGACUGAUCAGUGACAGAGCAGCAAGAUACUAUUAUUACUGGCACCUGAGAAAACAAGUGCUUCAUUCUCAGUGUGUGCUCCGAGAAGAGGCCUAUUUCCUGCUGGCAGCCUUUGCCCUGCAGGCUGAUCUUGGGAACUUCAAAAGGAAUAAGCACUAUGGAAAAUACUUUGAGCCAGAGGCUUACUUCCCGUCUUGGGUUGUUUCCAAGAGAGGGAAGGACUACAUCCUGAAGCACAUUCCAAACAUGCACAAAGAUCAGUUUGCACUGACAGCUUCCGAGGCUCAUCUUAAAUACAUCAAAGAGGCCGUCCGACUGGAUGACGUUGCCGUGCAUUACUACAGAUUGUAUAAGGAUAAAAGGGAAAUUGAAGCUUCUCUGACCCUUGGAUUGACCAUGCGGGGAAUACAGAUUUUUCAGAAUUUAGAUGAAGAGAAGCAAUUGCUUUAUGAUUUCCCCUGGACAAAUGUUGGAAAGUUGGUGUUUGUGGGUAAGAAAUUUGAGAUCUUGCCGGAUGGCCUCCCCUCAGCCAGGAAGCUCAUCUACUACACGGGAUGCCCCAUGCGCUCCCGACACCUGCUGCAGCUCCUGAGCAACAGUCACCGUCUCUACAUGAAUCUGCAGCCCGUGUUGCGCCACAUCCGGAAGCUGGAGGAAAAUGAAGAGAAGAAGCAGUACCGGGAGUCUUACAUCAGCGACAGCCUGGACCUGGACGUGGACCAGCUGGAGAAGCGGUCCCGGGCCAGCGGGAGCAGCGCGGGCAGCGUCCGGCACAAGCGCCUGUCGCGCCACUCCACCACCAGCCACAGCAGUUCCCACACCUCGGGCAUCGAGGCGGACACCAAGCCCCGAGACACGGGGCCGGAGGACAGCUACUCCGGCAGCGCCAUCCACCGCAAGCUGAAAACCUGCAGCUCCAUGACCAGCCACGGCAGCUCACACACCUCCGGAGUGGAGAGCAGCGGGAAGGACCGGCUGGAGGAGGACUCACAGGAUGACGAGAUAGAGAUGCUGGUCGACGACCCCCGGGACCUGGAGCGGAUGAAUGAAGAGUCCCUGGAAGUCAGCCCAGACAUGUGCAUCUAUAUCACCGAGGACAUGCUCCUGUCGCGGAAGCUGAAUGGACACUCUGGGUUGAUUGUGAAAGAAAUCGGUUCUUCCACCUCCAGCUCCUCAGAGACUGUCGUCAAGCUUCGCGGCCAGAGCACUGAUUCUCUUCCGCAGACUAUAUGUCGGAAACCAAAGACCUCCACUGAUCGACAUAGCUUGAGCCUGGAUGACAUCCGACUUUACCAGAAAGACUUCUUGCGCAUUGCAGGUCUGUGUCAAGACACUGCUCAGAGCUACACUUUUGGGUGCGGCCACGAACUGGAUGAGGAAGGCCUGUACUGCAAUAGCUGCUUGGCUCAGCAGUGUGUCAACAUCCAAGAUGCUUUUCCAGUCAAAAGAACCAGCAAGUACUUUUCUCUGGAUCUCACUCAUGAUGAAGUUCCAGAGUUCGUUGUAUAGAGUACGUCUGCACGCAGCUGGCUCCACGGGCAGCCUGCUGUUUGCUGGAGGCCGGAAAGCCAUGGAAUUGUGCCAGAUUUUCUUCAACCCAGAACAUAUAGCUCUUUCUUGAUGAUACUUGCGAUGGAAAUAAAAGCCUUGGGACAACUGCACUUUAAGUAUCACACAGAGAUAAAAGAACUACAGAGAAUGUACACCAAGACCAGUGCCCAGAAGUUCAUGAUCCUUUGGAAGGAUAUGUGCUUUACUGGUUACCAGGCCUUCAGAACAUUGAGUCGUGGUGUCUGUUCCUCGUUUUUGUUUUUUCAUUUGAUUACACGACAUCACAUUUUUUAAAAUCAUGUGGAAGAUGUUGUUAGGUUUAUUUGUUUGCUUGUAAUUUUUUUUUUUUUUU